CACCACCUUCGCCUGCGCCCGCGCACCACCAACCCACCCUCGAGCCCCGUCGCGACGCGCCCAGCUGCUGAGCUUCUCCGCUUGGCCUUUGAUUCCGAUCCUGUCCCGAGCCGCCCCGCGACUGCCUCAACCCGCUCGCUGUCGGCGUUUUGCUGUCGAAGACGGUUCCCUCCCCAUCUUGCGGGGGGUCUAUAAGCCCACGAGGACGGCCGGGAGGCGACACGCGAUAAAUGAUGAUGGACCAUGGGGCGUGCAAUGUCAUCUACCUGGACCGCCGCGCGCAUCCCGAACGUGUACGGAGGGACAAUGUGUUGGCAGGCAUGAACGCCCGUGAUGCCCGCGCCAGCCUCUCCUCCCCCGGCUACUUUACCUUUGGCCGCCUGCAGAACACGGCCGAGGUCCUGUCCAAUGCCGAGACGCUGCUGUCCAUCUUCAACGAAGUUGAUAUAUGUCGAACCGGUGCUUCGUGCCUCCAGCGGCUCUUCGACUUGCACAACGGCUCAGCCAUCGAAGACAAGCCCGUCAUCGUCCUGAUUGACCUGCCGUACGACGAGGAGCAGCGCAUAAAACGGUUGUCCCGCGAACCACGAACCCCAUCGCCCACGACUACCAGGACAACCGGCCCCGACCUGACGGAGCCUGGUGAUUUAUACGGCAUGCACUUUUUGCGCCACGUCGCGGCUGAGAUCCAGGAUAGACGAAUCCCCAAGCUGGUCAUCCCGAUAAUCGUGCUGAGUGGUCUGGACAAAGAGAGGGCGCCAACCGAUUCCCCGAGCCUCAGCAGAUCGCAAGCAUUGACCGACACGGUGCGCCUGGUCCGUUAUCUGGAUGCCGGUGCCGUUGAUGUUCUAGCGAGUCCGCUGUCCAAGGAUCACAUUCACGGUUUGGCCGUUCACGCGCAUCGCAUAUCCCGGGAGGUCAGGAAGGAAAAGUCUAGUUUCCUGGCACAAAAGGCACGCAAGGUCUCAUGGGUCGGCGUCAAUGAGGCGAAGCCUUUUUCCUACCUGAGGGAGGCCAUGGUGUCGAAUUUGAUGGGAAACAUUUGCUGUCCGGAUACGUCGGUGGAUACCUUGGAUCCAACCGACAUCGAAGUAAGUCCGGAUCGACGCGCGGAGAUUGCCCGUGCUGUGGGCACCUGGUCAUUCUCCGCGCAUGACUUUACAGACGACGAGCUACUAUUUGGCUCGUUGACAAUGCUCCAGCAUGCAUUGAGCAUGCCCGAAGUCGAGCGCUGGCGCAUGGACGAAGAUGAGCUUAUGAUUUUUCUCCUUGCGACCCGAAGCGCCUAUAACGAAUUUGUGCUUUACCACAACUUUCGUCACGUCGUUGACGUGCUCCAGGCCCUCUUUUUCUUUCUUGUCCAGGUCGGAGCUUUACCCGCUUACCCGCCAGACGUCCCGCAAUCACCUGGACGGGCCAAGCCGGCAAUCGCCACUCUGCUCAAACCGUUCGAUGCUUUGACGUUGCUCAUCUCGGCAAUCGGACAUGAUGUCGGCCACCCUGGCGUCAACAAUGCGUUUUUGGUGUCACUGAACGCACCCUUGGCUCAACUGUACAACGACCGCUCCGUGCUUGAAUCGUUUCAUUGCGCAGCAUACUCGCAAAUCCUUCGCCGCUAUUGGCCGGCCGCCUUCCAGGAUGCCUCGAUGCGGAAGUUGAUGAUCAACUCGAUCCUUGCGACUGACAUGGGACUCCACUUCAAAUACAUGGCUGAUCUGGGGAACUUGCAGGAAAAGCUAGGAGCCAACAAUGGUGGUAUUGACGGGUGGAGCCCGAAGGUUCUUGAAGAUUAUAGAGAUUUAUUGUGCGGUCUGCUCAUCAAAUGCGCAGACAUCAGCAAUGUGGUCCGGAAAUUCAACACGGCAGUGCAGUGGGCUACGAUUCUUACGGACGAGUUCAGCAACCAGGGUCAAAUGGAGAACGAACUUCAGAUGCCGACAUGUCUUUUCGGAGGUCCACCAGACCGCGAAGACCUGGUGAAGCUGGGGGAGUCGCAAAUAGGCUUUAUGAACAUCUUCGCACGGCCGUUGUUUGAGUCUGUCUCGGACAUACUCCCGAGCAUGCGAUUCAGCAUGGACGAAUUGAUAGCCAACAAGCAAGUCUGGCAAUCAACGAUAGAAGAGGAAAAGGAGCGCAACAUGGUAAGGUUGAAUAUCCCCAUGGGGAUUUCAACUAUGGACCACGCGCGGAGCCCACUCUCUACGAGCCGUGUGGAUUUGUCUGAGAAGCCAGAGAAGAAGUCCUCAGAGUCGAAGCGAUCAGAGAAGAGAUGGUCUUCAGAGGCCAAGCGGUCUUCAGAGGCCAAGAGGUCGUCAGAUUUGAGACCGGCGGCUCCUCCUCGCAUGCAGUCCAGAUCCAAAGCCCCGCCACCGCUGCCCUUGCCUACGACAUUCCCUCCGCCAGAACGUUCUUCCGGCCGUUCUACACCAUUGAGUGCCAUGUUCGGAAGGCGUUCUUCAGCCGCGAAUGCUAUACCGAGCCCACGACUUGUGGAGAACAAUGCAAGUCAUGCACGUCGCGGCAGUGCCGACGCAAGUCUUACGACGAUCCUGGUAACACACGACCCGAGCAGUCAUCAGCCAAAGGCGAAGAAGAAGGGCUUACACUUACGCUCGCAGUCGCCCAGCAAGCGCAAGGGAUCGAAGCUCAGAUCAGACUCGCCUGUACGUCCACUAUCGCCCGAACCCGAGACCUCAACGGCAAUCCCGACUGAUUUUGUCAUUCAGCCACGCGUGCCAAAUCAACGACCCGUGGCCAACGGCGCCUUGCAACCGAACAACUAUCUCCUUCCUCAUUCGAGUUCCCAAAGUCCACUUACCGGAGAUCCGGACCGGAACAAUGCCAUCCCGCCGAAACCCCGCACGGCCGAUGGUUCGUCGCCCCCCGACUUCACGGGUGUUGGCGCCGCAGCGGACACGCACUCCUUUCCUAGGUGGAGACGUGAGCGGGGCAACUCUUCUGCGGGCAAUGGGUUCCGGAGCCGCCGCAAGGGCUCUCUCACGCCUGCCCUCCCUACUCCUACGGGCGAAUCUAUUCCGCUUUCGGCGACAGAAGCAGACGGCGCGAAGAACGGGCCUCUCCUCACCGAGGGCUCGACGGUUCCAUCCCCUAUCGAGCCCACCGAAGCGCACAUUAAGCAAAAGAAGGGAUUUGGUUUUGGAAGAUUCUUCCGGAGGAAGAAGGAGCAAAAGCCGCUGUCAGAAGAGCAAGGAAACCAGGCACCGAGCGAGAAAUCCGACCCGCCGAUGGGCAGACGUGGAUCAUUACCCUUCCAGUUCCAGAGAAGGGGCUCUGUGCCGAUGCCACCGAAGACGCCAAUCGGCCAGCAGGGGUCAAUUCCCGGCGCGUAUCCGGAGACGCCAUUGAGCAUGGCGGACCCUGGAUCAGCUAGGUAGCACCCGUUCGGCUAUGCGGCCUCAAGCAUGGCUCCACCACGAUGGCGACGUGUCCACGUCUGACCAAUCAUCCGCCGAAGAGUUGUCAUCCGCAUAUGGUAUCAACACCACAUCGACACAUCAUCACCUUCUUACCUCCGUCCGCAAGCCGAUGUCCGCAAGUCCGCCCGCACGUUUUCUUGUUUAUCCGGAGUUGGAGUACUGUCUCGCACGAAGUUAGAUCACACGAACGACGGAUCACGACGAAGGAACCAAAAAAACAUUAUGCUCUUUGUCUUUUCCAGCGAAACGACUGCUGUGGAUCCGCGGGGAUUGAAAAGAGCAGAAUUACCACGAGGUUGCUUUUUUUUUUUU